GAAAUACCAGAAAUAAAAAAAUAAGGUGUACUUAGAAAUAUGGUGGAGGCUAUUUAGAGACAUCGGUCUUUGGGCUCAAUCAAGCCCAGUAUUAUAGUUUUUUCGUGGUCGGCCCAUCUUCUACUUGGUUUCUUCUCUUCCGUCUUUCCUAAAAAACCCUAAUUCUUCACUUUACGGUUCUGGAUUUGAAAUCGGUGACACUUCAGUCUUCAGUUUUUUCUUCCCUUUUUAAGCAGAAAUGAAGCUUGUUCGCUUAGCUUCUCGAUUUGUUAACACUAACCUAUCACAUCAAUGUUAUCGAUCCACUAUCACCAGAGCACACUCUACAGACCCAUUCGGGCCACUUCUAGGCAAUGAUAACAAUCGCACAAGCGAGUCUGCUGAUGAGUUUGAGCGCCGGAUAUUCGGUGGUAUAUCGGCUAAUAGUUCAGGUUCGGAUUCUUUCUUCCGAAAGCUGGAUAGAGCGGAGAAGGGUUGGACUAGGCCUGGUGGGUCCGGUAAUUUUAAUGGAGUGAAUAAUUCGUCGUUUAUGGAUGGUCUGGAUGACAGUUUUGAUACUCUGUCCGAUGGAAUGGAUGGUAAGUUACAGAGAGCUGCGACGUAUUUUGAGUUUGAUCCUGAAGAGAUCAUGCAACCUGAUUAUACUUAUAGGCCGGACGCCAGUUUUACUCCUGGAAUGACUUAUACACCUAAGGAUCUUGAUAUUAGAAAGCCAGGAGUACGAAGAUUCCCUGUAAGGCCUGAGUUUGAAACAUCGACAAAGGAAGUUCUCAGAAAAGCUGAUUUCAGGAAUGUCAGAUUUCUUGCAAACUUUUUAACAGAAGCUGGAAUCCUUAUCAAGAGGAGUAUGACUGGCAUCAGUGCCAAGGCUCAGAGGAAGGUUGCAAGGGAGAUCAAAACAGCCCGAGCAUUUGGACUAAUGCCUUUCACAACAAUGGGAAGAAAAGCAUUUGUGUUUGGAAAAACAAUGGAGGAUCUUGAUAAGGAUUACGAAUAUGAGACUUAUGAAAGUCCCGUGGAUGUUGAUGCAGAUGAAAAAGACAGUUUUUGAGCACAGUAUCUUGUCAAUUUCUGUUGGGAAUAUAAAUCUGACUUUGUAAAGAGUUUAUCAAGGUUGUUUAUUUGAAUCCAUGGACAUUUCUUGCUUUAAUAAGCCCAAGAAAUGGCCUAGUUCUAAAGGUCGUCAGGAAUUUUGAUGCAAUGGAAUGAACUUGAUCCUCGGUCCA